AUCCCUAUUGUAAGAAUCACACACUCUCAAAUAAUAACCCCAUAAAAUGUUUAUGACCCAUUUCAGUUUUUCUCCCAACAAACUAACUGAUCACGGUGGUGGUUGCGGCUGCUUAUAUUCAUUAUGGCAAGUCUGGUGGUGGUGCAGCACAGACAACCCUCUUCCGCCGUCCUCUCAUCCUCACUCUCCGACUUCAACGGCGCCAGACUCACUUCCUCACUCCAGUUGAAGAGGAAAGUAUGGCAGCCGAAAGGGGCAUUACGCGUUAGUGCAUCGAGUGCCAAGAAGAUCCUUAUAAUGGGAGGCACUCGAUUCAUUGGCAUAUUCUUGUCUAGACUCCUUGUCAAAGAUGGCCAUCAGGUCACUCUUUUCACUAGAGGAAAAGCUCCAAUUGCUCAACAGUUGCCCGGUGAACCUGAUGCAGAAUUUGCUGAUUUUUCCUCCAAGAUCUUGCACUUGAAGGGAGACAGGAAGGACUUUGAUUUUGUCAAGACGAGCCUCGCAGCAGAAGGGUUCGAUGUUGUGUAUGAUAUCAAUGGGCGUGAGGCAGUUGAAGUUGAACCUAUACUCGAUGCUCUACCAAAUCUGGAACAGUUCAUUUACUGCUCCUCAGCAGGAGUUUACCUCAAAACUGAUUAUCCUCCUCAUUAUGAGGUCGAUGCAGUUGACCCGAAGAGCAGACACAAGGGCAAGCUGGAGACAGAGAGCUUGCUGGCAUCCAGAGAUGUGAACUGGACCUCUAUAAGGCCAGUCUACAUCUACGGGCCGUUGAACUACAACCCCGUUGAGGAGUGGUUCUUCCACCGCUUGAAAGCAGGCCGUCCCAUCCCCGUCCCCAACUCAGGCAUACAGAUCACACAGCUUGGCCAUGUCAAGGACCUCGCGACGGCCUUCAUUAAGGUGCUUGGCAAUCCGAAAGCAAGCAAGGAAGUGUUCAACAUCUCUGGGGAUAAAUAUGUCACCUUUGAUGGCCUAGCAAGAGCAUGUGCUAAGGCUGGUGGAUUCCCUGAACCUGAGAUUGUUCACUACAACCCUAAAGAGUUUGAUUUCGGCAAGAAGAAGCCGUUCCCUUUCCGGGACCAGCAUUUCUUCGCCUCGAUUGACAAGGCGAAGAGCUUGCUGGGAUGGACACCGGAGUUCGGUCUGGUGGAAGGUCUUACAGAUUCUUACAACCUAGACUUUGGCAGAGGAACAUUCAGGAAAGAAGCUGAUUUCUCAACUGAUGAUAUCAUUCUUGGCAAGUCACUUGUUCUUCAAAGCUAGAACAAAACCACAUUGUUUCUCUUCUCUUAUUAAUUAGUCUUGUUGAGUUUCUCUUUCACUUUUUGUAUGUUGAGUACCCAUCUCUCUCUCUGUACAUUUGUGAACACUCAAAAAAGCAUCAUCAAUCAAAUUUUACUAUGAAAAUUUGUUGUUA